AUGGCCGAUCUUUAUAGAAAACUAGGUCCCCAGGGCCGUGCGUUACUUCAGCAGGGAGAAAACACCCUUACAUUUGACGGCUCUGCAGACGUUACACCACAAGAACUCGACUUUCUAAUCUAUGAACUACGCACCCCCAAGCCAGAUACAUCGGUAUCGACAGUCUUGUCGUAUCUUUACAACUACAUUCCAUUCAUCAAAUACGAACAUAACUUGCGGCUUAUAAUUUCGGCAUUUUUGGAUAGCCCCGUGUGUUUCCAGCGGUGUAACUUUGAAGAAAACUAUUUGAUUAUUGAAGUGUUUAAACUCAUUGCCGAUAAGAAAUUGCGGGUGUCCCAGCCGACAUUAUCUAUCAAGUCCUUCUACGAUAUUAUACAAAAGACAAUCGUUCAUUUCCAAGCCAUGAACCCAGUCGAAAACAGUUGGAAAGUGUUGCCUAUCAUAGCCGGCCUCUUCCUCUCCAAUGAAUUACGAAAUGAAAUAUACAUCAGCAAGAACUUCUUAGAAUAUAAAUGGUUUUUCAGAGAUUGGGACUCGCAGAUGAUGCAUGUAUUUAAGCAAUCAUUGAGUUAUUCCCUUGCCCGUAUCCAUUCUAAUGAGGUUGUCUAUUUGAGUUUGGUGAGUUUGGCCGUAGUGUAUAAGAAGGACGAGGACGUACAUGGGUAUACCCAGGGCAUUUCCGAUGAAUUCAUCAUUGAUAAGCUAUUCGAGUUGAUGUUUACUGACAAAGGGACCUUGAUCUAUCGGCUCUUGUUUACGUUGGAUCCAAAUGAUCGCAACAGCGAAGCUACCGUUCAGAAACAAGUUUUCCAAAAACCGGUGAUUAAACAUUUGAACAAGCUUUCAUUCUUACUUGAAGCGUACUUCUCCAAGUUGACACGCGGUCCUGGCUCGGAAAAGUUGAUCCUGGAUAGUUUAUUUAAAUUGAGUCAAUUCAACAAACAACUAUCACAUUCCACGAGUACAUCCAUCUUCAACGUAAAGGUAGAAGACAAGGCCAGUCCACUUGCACUUCAAUUCUGGAACUUGAUGAAGACAUUGCUCUUUUCGGAAAUUAUCAUCCUUCAAGGAAUCCUAACCCGGUUCCUCACUUCGCGAAGGGGAUUCUUUAGAACCGGUUCCCUUGAACACGAAUACCGCCAGGUUUCACCCAAGAUUUUGACCAACUUGUACUAUGUCAACUUCAUCUUAUUAUCAAUUGGCCAAGGAGGCUUCGACAAUUACAACUUUGUCUACCAUCUCGCCUUGGAACUUGUCCAAUCGACACCUUAUUUCGAACAAUUGACCAAGAGGUUAAUGUACGACUACACCGAAGUCAACCCUAAUCCGGAAGUGCUCAAUUCCAACUAUGUCAUGAACUCAAAAGUCUUGUUUGUGCUUGGACUCUGGGAGAACUACCUCCAGCUGGGCAAGACCAAUGAGAUGUUCACUCUCGAGAUCUACGACACCUGUUUGAACUUGGCCAGAGAAAAGUACAACAAUGACAUAAUUGAAGCCAGUCAUUCUGUGCUACUUUUCUACUUUUCGACUAGUAAAACUCCGCGAGUGAAGGAAUGUCUUAAUUAUGUGCAACUACUAAUUUCUCAGUUUCCAGCUACGUUAUCGCCUAAUCAGUUGACGAUUGCGAUCGAGACCGUAGGGAAGAAGAUUAUGUCGACUCCGUCGGGUGAGGAGUUUUUCGACUUUUUGGUGAUGAAAUGUGUGCAAACCAGACUGGGUGUGCCAAUAAAGCCAGGACAAACUGGCGAACUGCAGGGAAGUGCUAGAACUACCCCUGACACAGUAAGGGAAGCAGCUAUACUCACGUUAGUCCAACUCCUUCCUUAUUUCCCGUUGUCACGAUUCUUGAACUGGUUGGAUGAAAUAUGGACGUUGGUAAUAAGGAGCAAUGAGCUGGAAGGGAAGUUUCUCGAAGCAAGUUUAUGGAAUGCCCUUGGUGCGAAUCUUGAUUUGAAUAGAAGUGAAUUGGCGAUUCGAUGGUGGUAUAACGAAAAGAAGUUGACUCUGAAGGGUGUCUGGAAUGCCAAAAUUUAA